CCACGUACAGAGAUAGGCAAGCUUUAGCAAGCUCACCUCUUUUAGACUGGGUUUGACAGAAAGUGUUUCAAUGAGUUUCAAAUGAAGUCGCUUUGUUGAGGACGUUGUCGCCAUGCGUUCUGUGUUGUUGACGGUGGUGGGGCUAUGGGGAUGUUUAAUGUUAUUGCAACCAGUCAUCCUCGCUCAGCAAGCGCAGGGUAAUACCGGUCCGCGCCAGGAACCAGGUACCCCUGAUGAAGAUGGAUCGCAGAGCUCUUCACUUAACUCGGAAGUAUUUUACCCCAAGAAGUACCUUCAUGAUGAUGAUGAUGAUGAUAUUGGAUAUCACCCGAAAAAUCUCCACAAGAGAAGUGUGAACUCUGGUGGUGGAAAUGCAGUCUACGGGAUUAGUGUGUUUGGAAAGGAAAUGCUUGUGAAUCUGACAAGAUUCUCGGAGUUCUUAUACCCUGGAUUAAUAUUUCAGAGAACGGAAGGGAAUUACUCGUGGUUUGAAGAUCUAGGGGACAGUGGAUUGGAUAGAUGCUUUUAUUCUGGGACUGUGAACGGUAUUGAGGACUCGCAUGCUACCUUCAGCCUUUGCAAGGGGAUGAUGGGAAUGAUUCAUCUACCCCAAGAAAAAUAUAUCAUCGAACCAUUAAAAAAUUCAUCUUCAACAAAUAAUAUGGUGCUGGAGCAUCGUCCACAUAUAAUUCAUAAAUAUCCAAUAAUAAAUCACCAGCACUCUGCUGCUGCAGCAAGCUGCACUAUUACAGAAAAUUAUAAACACCAGAGAUUAAAGCGAGAGACUAUACGAGGAUAUUCAACAUCACAAUCAUCAUCAUCUUAUAAUGUAAAUAAUAAUAAUUAUGAAAAUAAUAAUAAUAAUGACAAUUCUAUAUACCACAAACGACGGAAGCGAUCAGCAUCUUUAAAGAGAUUCGUGGAGACUUUAGUUGUAGUGGAUGAUUCCAUGAGGCAGUACCACAAGGAGGACUUGAAGCACUAUGUGCUUACACUCAUGGCGAUGGUAACUAAUAUAUACAAGCAUCCCUCAAUAGGCAACUUUAUCAAUAUAGUCGUAGUGAAGAUACUAGAACCAGGACCUGCUGAUCUCAAAUUAAAAAUCACUGAAAAUGCAGCCAUGACACUGAAGGAUUUCUGUAAAUGGCAGAAGGAGUCCAAUGAACAGGAUAUGGACCACCCAAACCACCAUGACACCGCCAUCUUAUUGACAAGAAAAGAUAUCUGUCGAGCUGUAGGAAAGUGUGAUACGCUAGGUCUAGCUGAGCUGGGCACAAUUUGCGAUCCAAUCCGGAGCUGUGCAAUCAUUGAAGACAACGGCAUCAGCGCAGCUUACACCAUCGCACAUGAACUUGGACAUGUGUUCAACCUCCCCCACGAUGAUGACAAGCAGUGCCUGCGAUACCCACAGUCCAUCAAGUCCAAGAAGAAGUACCAUGUGAUGGCCCCCGCCCUGGACUACAACUCCAGCCCCUGGGACUGGUCCCCCUGCAGCGCCACACUCAUGACGGAAUACAUUGAUGCAGGUCUAGCGGAGUGCCUCCUAGAUCGGCCACAGAACAAGAAAUUUCGGCGGGAAAUGACACUCACUCAGCUCCAAUCUCCUGGCCAGCUCUACGGGGUUGACAAACAAUGUGAGCUGGUCUUCGGACCAGGCUAUGUGCUCUGUCCUCAUAUGCAAACGUGUGAGAGGCUGUGGUGCACCAACAAGACAUCAUCAGGUUGUCGUACCCAACACAUGCCGUGGGCUGAUGGCACGGAGUGCAAGGACAUCAGUCGCAACAAGCUGUGUCGGACUCAGGGCUGUUGGUGCCGCAGCGGGGAGUGCGUUCUGCGGAUCCCCCUCAAGGCCCGCAAUGGGGGCUGGGGGAAGUGGCAGGUUUAUGGUCCUUGUUCCCGCACGUGUGGGGGAGGCAUCAAGACCAGCAUCCGACAAUGUAACAACCCCAAGCCCGACAAUGGCGGCAAGUACUGCCUGGGAAAGAGGAUCAAGUACCGGUCUUGCAAUACCAAAAUAUGCCCUCCCAGUAAGCUUGACUUCAGGGAGGAGCAGUGCUCCAACUUCAGCAACAGGUAUCAUAUCGAUGGCCUACCUGCGAAUGUUAAAUGGGUGCCCAAAUACGCAGGAGUCCAGAUGAAGGAUGCCUGUAAACUGUACUGCCAGGCGGAGUCCACGUCGUCGUUCUACCAGUUGGCCGACACAGUGAUCGACGGGACCAAGUGUCGGCCUGACACGGACGACAUCUGUGUCAAUGGCAAGUGCAGGAGAGCUGGCUGUGACAAUCGUCUUGGUUCCCACAUGAAACGAGAUCGGUGCGGCGUCUGUGGUGGCGACAACUCCUCCUGCAAGUCUGAAAGGGGACGUUUCAACAACGCCAAAUAUGGCUACAACAAGGUGAUCACAGUCCCGAGCGGGGCGACCAACAUCGAGAUCCUGCAGCAUGGCUACCAGAACACAAGCAACGACUGGAACUAUCUGUCUCUCAGGAACAGCAAAGGAGAAUACAUCCUGAACGGCGACCACAUUGUCCGCACCCAGAAGUGGAGCAUUAAGGUACAGAAUGGCUACCUAGAAUACAGCGGCGCCAAUGUCCCCGUGGAGAGAAUCAACUCCACGCGCAUGAUCGGAGAGGAUAUCACUGUGGAGGUGCUGUCUGUGGGGUCCCUCCUGCCCCCCGACGUGCGCUACACCUACACCAUCUCCGCAGGGAAGGACACCAAGUUCCGCUGGGACAACGUGGGCAUGUGGAAGCGAUGUAGUCAGCUCUGCCAGGGUCUGAGGAAGAGGAAGAUCGUGUGUAUCAGGGAGAAUGACUUCCUGAUGGUGUCCAACAAGCACUGUGUGGGGAAGGUGAAACCCCCGCGACUCCGCGACUCUUGCAACAUGGACUGCUACUUGAGAUGGAAGAUUAUGCGAGAGACGGAGUGCUCGGUUCACUGUGGGAAGGGGAUCAAGAUCAGGACUGUUCACUGUGUGAAGGAGACGGACAAGACCAGCCUAACUGUUGAUGACCGGCACUGUCGCCAUCUCGGCGCCAAACCCCACCCCAGUGUCAUGUGUGAAGGGAAGUGUUCUACUACCAUGUGGAACUAUGCCUAUUGGUCCAAGUGUACCAGGACUUGCGGAGGCGGUAAUCAGACGCGGGAAGCUCAGUGUAUUAAUGAGGAUGCGCAUGUGGUGGACAACCGUCACUGCGAAGACAAGCACAAGGAACCCCUCAUUCAGUCCUGUAACGAGGUACCCUGUGCCCAGUGGAGGUCGGGAGCUUGGACUGGGUGUUCUGUGAGCUGUGGGCAUGGCAAGCGGCACCGUGAGGUGUGGUGUGGGCGGGGCGAGGAUCAGGUGGAGGAGCGCCUGUGUGACAAGAAGGACCGCCCCGAGGCCAAGAAGGAGUGCAACCUAGAGGCUUGUCCGGAGUGGUACGCUGGCGGCUGGGGACCGUGUUCGGUCACAUGCGGUGUGGGAGAGAAGAUGCGGACGGUCAUCUGCCGGACCUUCAAUGGCAACAUUGUGGAGGAUGCAGUGUGUGAUGCCAGCAAGCGACACCGAGAUAAGAGCCAGUGUUACAUUGGGCAAUGCCCCACCCUGUCCCCGCCCACCACACCCACCACGCCUUCCUACCUCCUCAACUCACACUGGAGGUUCGGCAUCUGGACGGAGUGUUCCACAACAUGUGGUCCGGGGCUGCAACAUCGCUACGUGAGCUGCAUGAACCACCGCGGCCACAUCAUGGACAACACCAUGUGCAACCCGCACCACCGCCCCGCCAGCAAGCAGGACUGCAACAACAAGGCAUGCGGCAUCUGGAGGCAGGGCAAGUGGAGACCUUGUCCUGUGACAUGCGGCACCGGUGUCCAGACCCGCUACGUCGCAUGCAUCAUCCUUGACAAUGAAACCUCCAACCAGAAACACAUGGCAGACUACAUGUGCGACGCCACCUCGAAGCCAGACGCCAAGAAGAAGUGCGACAUGGGCGACUGUCACUCCAUCGAAGAGUUGGACAUCGCAGUCAUCACCAGCAACACGGUGGAGAAGACCAGUCACUGGAGAGUCGGACCCUGGGGACCGUGCUCCACGACGUGUAACGAGGGGCACCAAGGGAGGCUGGUGGUGUGUCAGGACGAGAACGGACCCAGCGAUGGCUGCGAUGAAAGAGUCAAGCCAGAGAAGAGGAAGAUUUGUAACAGUGGACCGUGUCCAAGCUGGAACCAAGGACAGUGGGCAGAGUGUUCCUCGCCUUGUGGGGUUGAAGGUCAGCAGAGUCGAGCAGUCCGGUGCCAGCUGCCCAAUGGUCAGAUAUUGGCGGACUCCAACUGUGACAUAUUCAUCCGUCCGACUGAUGCUCGCCUGUGUUCCGGGGAGUGCAACAGCUCCUCCAAUCAGUGGCGGACUGAGCCGUGGUCCUCGUGUUCCGCCACCUGUGGUUCUGGCCAGAGACAGAGAGUGGUGGUGUGUGUUGACCAGACCAACACCACUCAGCCCACCUCGACCUGCAGCAAGAAGAUGCCCCGCAACACCAAGCGAUGUGCCCGAGGUCAUUGUCCCCACUGGAACAAGGGUCGAUGGAGCAAGUGCUCUGUGUCAUGUGGUGUCGGAGUCAAGUGGAGGGAAGUCAAGUGUAUGAUCAAUCGAGACGAGGUCGUGGAUGUGGACCAGUGUCAAAACGCGACCAAGCCACAAACCUCAAUGAAGUGUUACAGAAAGACUUGCUUGAAGUUCAAGUGGAAACCAGGGCCCUGGUCCGAGUGCUCCAAGACUUGUGGAUUUGGUCGGAAGGAGAGGUCAGUGACCUGCACGGACAGACUGGGUGUGGCUGUGUCCUCUCACCUCUGUGACAACAACAGCAAGCCGAAGGUGCGGCGGCGAUGUAGCGAGUACCCCUGCCCCUUCAUCUGGAACAUCGGGCCAUGGAGCGAGUGUACAUCGUCAUGCAGCGAGGGGAAGCAGAUCCGCACUGUGGUGUGUCAGUCUGUCACCAGGGAGGGCUGGAUACUCCCGGGGGAGGUCCCCAACCGCUGCCCACUCCGCGAGAAACCCACCCGCGUCCGCUACUGUAACUAUGGCGACUGUAAUGCUGACUACAGAUGGAGGGUUGGACCCUGGGGACAGUGUACUGUACGCUGUGGCCACGGGAAGCAGCGGAGGAUGAUCAAGUGUGUGGACAAGAAAGGGCGCCGCAAGUCCAAGAGGCGCUGCAUCCGACUGUACCGCCCCGAGUCCAGCAGGGCUUGCUACAACGGACCAUGUUACGCGAGAUCCUGCAAGGAACUGAAGGAGAUCACCACUAUCAGAGUGGAUGGUGGCUACAAGCUGAUGGUGGACCGCAAGCUAAUUACAAUAUACUGUAAGGACAUGCGGAAGGCCAUUCCCCUGGAAUACCUGACACUGCCCAAUGACCGCCACCAGAACUAUGCCGAGAUGUUUGACCACAGGCUGCGAAACCCUGCAUCUUGUCCCAACAACGGCACACGCCCCCAAGUCUGCAACCGUUGCCGGCGGAAACCGUACAAGCAAGCAGGCAGCACAACUUACUCCAAAGUCAGGAUAGACCUCAACACUUUAAAAAUAUUGCCUACUGAUGGGACUUUCAGUAAUGUCCACAGUGGGAAGCUCAUUCCAUUCGGUACAGCAGGAGAUUGCUACAGCUCAAAGGCCUGCCCUCAGGGCCUCUUCAGCAUCAACCUGACUGGCACCGGGCUGACUGUGUCUGAGAACACAACGUGGACCCUUGAUGGGAACAAGGCAUCGCAGAGAAUAUGGCGCCUCAGGGAUGGAGAGAUAAUCCGUGGUGUAUGUGGGGGGUACUGUGGAGUGUGUUCCCCCGACCCCCGGACAGGCCUCCACUUACAGGUCCUUCACUGAACUUAGCUUGGCGACGGUUCAACAACCACACUCUCACUGUAAAUAUCACCAUGUACAAAGUUGCCAGCAAGCAUAUCUGUACAACAUGGACCAAGGUAUUUAUUGGAUGUAAAAUAUCAGUCUCUCCGUCCACUACACUUGGGGAGUUAACCCUAAAAGGGUUAAUAAUAUGCAGCAUUUGGAGGGUUAACUCACAUUAGAGCAUUGGAGACAGUUACAGGGAGACCACAAGGAUAUCAAUGAUGAAAGUGAUACCUUAGCCACAGGAAGGCCACACUAGAUGAACUGGGAUCCUGGUACCUUAGCCACAGGAAGGCCACAUGAUAUCAGCAGUGAUCAAGGUACCCCAACCACAGGAUAUCAACAACGAGCCUGCUACCUCAGCCACAGGAAGGCCACAGUGCCCUGGUACCUCAGCCACAGGAAGGCCACAGUAUAUGAACAGUGAGCUUGGUGCCACAGCCACAAGAAGGCAACGGGAUAUCAGUACUGAUCCUGGUGCCCUAGCCACAGGAAGGCCACAGGAAGGCCACAGUGCUUCUGGUACCCUAGCCACAGGAGGGACACGGGAUAUCAGUACUGAUCCUGGUGCCCUAGCCACAGGAAGGCCACAGGAAGGCCACAGUGCUUCUGGUACCCUAGCCACAGAAAGGACACGGGAUAUCAGUACUGAUCCUGGUGCCCCAGCCACAGGAAGGCCACAGUGCCCUGGUACCACAGCCACAGGAAGGCCACAGGAAGGCCACAGUGCUUCUGGUACCCUAGCCACAGAAAGGACACGGGAUAUCAGUACUGAUCCUGGUACCCUAGCCACAGGAAGGACACAGUGCCCUGGUACCACAGCCACAGGAAGGCCACAGGAUAUAAGAACUGAUCCUGGUGCCCUAGCCACAGGAUAUUAGUACUGAUCCUGGUUCCCUAGCCACAGGAUAUUAGUACUGAUCCUGGUUCCCUAGCCACAGGAUAUUAGUAGUGAUCCUGGUGCCCUAGCCACAGGAUAUUAGUAGUGAUCCUGGUGCCCUAGCCACAGGAUAUUAGUAGUGAUCCUGGUGCCCUAGCCACAGGAUAUUAGUACUGAUCCUGGUGCCCUAGCCAGGGGAUAUUAGUACUGAUCCUGGUGCCCUAGCCACAGGAUAUUAGUACUGAUCCUGGUGCCCUAGCCAGGGGAUAUUAGUGCUGAUCCUGGUGCCCUAGCCAGGGGAUAACAACAAUGCUACUGGUAUCUGGGAGACGUGAAGGGACCAAGGGCCAUGUUGAGAUAAUGAGGGUCAUGUGACCAAAAGGUUUCGGGGUCAUAUAAUGACUGUAAGAUGCAGGAAGUCAGAUGAAGGAACUUAACCCUGAGAUAAACCACAGAAUAAGAUAUCACAUGGUUUCAGACAAUGAGAGUUAAUAGUACAAGGAUUGUUUUAGUGUAUCCAAGUUAAGGUUGUGUUAAAAGUAACUGUACAAUAUUUGAACUUCCAUGACUGGCUGUUCUGCUUGUGUUACUGCUUGUGUUACUGCUUGUGGUAAUGAUACUGUCACUGCAGGUUUCACCACAAGUAUUAUUUUCAGUGUUGCAAGUAAACAGUAAUACUACUUGUGUCACCACUAGUAUUAUUGCUAGUGUCAAACAUAAUAAGUGGUACUACAAGUAUCACCACAAGGACUACUGCUAGUGUCACAAGGAAAGGGUUGGUACUACUUGUGUCACCACUAGUGUUGUUGCUAGUGUCAAACGUAAUAAGUGGUACUACUAGUAUCACCACAAGGACUACUGCUAGUGUCACAAGGAAAGGGUGGUACUACUUGUGUCACCACUAGUGUUGUUGCUAGUGUCAAACGUAUCAAGUGGUACUACUUAUUUUACUGUUUGUGUCACAAAUCAAAAUUGGUACUACAUGUACUUGUAUUUAAGAUGAGAAAAAAUUAUUGAAAAAAAUCUAUGAAAUUAUUCAGAUUCUGAUAUUCACGAAAAAAUAAAAAAUAGCUAAAAUAAAAUGUCACAUAAUCUAGAAACUAUGUGAUGCUGAUUAUUUAAGACUUAAAGAAUGUUUGCUUGCUAGAAUUAUGCAAUGUUUUCACUAUGACUGUUUUGAUAAGCAAAUAAGAUCCAAUCUCCAUACUGCUUGUAUUGUAGUGGAUCUAUCACAAUCCUAUUUUAAGCUUUGUUCAUUGGAAAGGGAUGACCAUUUAAUAUUCUUGUGGAGCCUGGAAUUUUUCAGGCAGCGCUUCAAGAUAUACAAUUUAUUUCCUCUGAAAAUUGGAGUAAAAGACUAUUUUUUACCCAUAACACAUUAUACCUUUCAGAACAGCAUGUCUAGUGAAAUUAUUUUUGUGUGUAAAAUCUGAUGACUAAUUAUUAUUUUCCUGCAUUUUCACAAAUUUCUUUUUUAUAAAUCCCAGCGCACCCCGAAUAUCAAAGAGCAUCCCUAAGCAUUUUUAUGAAGGAGUUUCUGGAUUAACCCCUCAAGUGCUACCAAUACUCAACCAGUGUUUGUGUUAGCACUCUUAAAGGGUAAUAGUCAUGCAACAAGUGCAAUAUCACUCAUAUUUAUGAAAGCAUUGAUAUUGGAACAUCAUGUGUUUACAGUUGUCAAGGUGGGUUGUCAUGUCUUGCAAUAUUGUGCCGGUUGAAUUCUGCAGUGAAACACACAAAUAACAAACAUGAAUUGAACCAACUGAGGAAGUUAUGAUCUCAUCAAAGCCACAACAUAUUAAUUACUUUGAAUAAUCACUGAAGUUUUGAAGACAUUUUUGUUAUAGGAAUAGGUAAAUGUAGAUAGUAAAUUACCUCCCUUGUCUAAACAUGGCCGACAGAGACAGAACAUAUCCUGAGGCUCAUGAUAUGAAAUAAGAAAAUAAUUAAAAGUUAAAAACUAUAUAAUUAGAGAUAUUCUGCCAGCUGAUGGGAUUUUUGGAAUGAUCUAUAUAGUUCAAUCUUCAAAAACAGAUGUUGUCAAGAAGGUAAAAAAAUACAUGUGACCUCCACAUCUGAAGAUAAGGCAAUUAUUUUUGUGACCUAAAGAUUUCUUGCUAAGUAUCUCAUCCAAGUAUAUUCAAAUUUAGUUGAUUUCAAACAAACAAUCAGGAGUGGACUUGUAACCUAGUGAUUAAACCUUUGCCCAGAUUACAAGGGCUUGAUUGUCGACAAUGUUCUAAGUCCAUUCUUGGUUUUAUUGCCUACUUGCAUUUGGAGGAUUUGGAACUCAUUCUGGUCGUAAGAGGCGACUAAGGGGAUCGGGUGGUCAGGCUGAUGUAUGUCAUGAUAUCUCGAUUGUGAAGAUAAAUGCUCAUGAUUUCAAUCACUGGAUUGUCUUGUUCCGACUUGAUGAUUUACAGACCAAAGUCAUAUAGCUGCUUGUCCAGACUUGAUUAUUUUCAGACCUUAUACAGUCAUAUGGCUGGUAUAUUGCUGAGUGUGGCAUUUGACACAACAAACAAGACAUUUAUAUGGCUGUAAUAUUGUUUGUUCAUAUUCACUCACUCUUACAAAAUCUGCAGCAAACUAUAACGAUGGAUUCGUACCAUCCCUAAAAAUCCAUGAUGCCAAGACUCUUUUCAUAAGUAUUUUCAAAGGAUGGAUCAGAAAGUGUGUCAUUAUUCAACAACGGUUUCAUAACAUGAAGCAGGUCAAACACGAACACUUGAUAACCUUCCCUGCAGACAACACUGUUGUUCAUGCUAAAGCAUAAUCAUAUUUACUUUCACAUUUUGUACCUUUUAUGUUAUCAGGUCAAUGUUAUAAACAUGAGAUUUAGUUUUUGAAGCAUUCUGUUAUAUAUCUACAUGUCAGCAUUUAUAUUCUUUCACAUUCUCAUUCUCAAGGUUUGAGCUAAACUGUUUUACUUGUGUCAUAUGUCAUGUUUAUUUGUAUUUGAAUGUAUUUUACCACGGCCAGACCAUUUUUUUCUCAUUUAACAGAUGACUCUCAUUAUUUUGAAAAAUUACCUAAAAGGAUGUUUUUGAUCAAAAUACUUAUUUCGAACAACCUAUAUUUCAAGAGGUAUUUGUUGGAAAUUAAUCUCAAACCAUCAAAUCAGCUUAUUUUUUUAAGGUUUUAUAUUUUUUCAUAUUUGAACCAAAUAUGUUGAUAAUAAGAGACACUUAAAAAAAUGGUCUGGCUUUACAAUAUUUGUCAGAGCAUAAGUCAUGUGUGUCAUGAAACAGCAUAAUGCCACUUCCAUCUCAUAAUGAUAUAUUCCAUGUUAUCUUCGUCACUAUUCAUUGAUAUUCUCAUCUGUUUCUCAACAUCAAUCGAUUUGUGAGGAGAUGUUUUAGUGGGAGAUUACUUCAAUUCAAUGGCCAUAACAAUAUCAGUCAUUCUGGAUUAAAUACAUGUAUCAAUAUUUUGUCCUGAUGAAUUGAUAAGCUUCAUUAUAUAUGAUCAGAUUGAAUAAUUUCAUGUGGCACCAUUUUCAUGAAAUUGAUG